AUGUUUGUAAAAUCCGACUUGGGCAUCGACGGUCAAUGGAAAUCUACUGGCGGAGAAGUAAAGAAAUUCACGAGUAAAAGCUUUACGUUGAAGUGGCACGGUAAAACAAAGCAAAAGCUCGUUGUAAUUCAAGAUGAUGAGAAUGAAAGCCUUCAAGAGAAACUUGUGAAAUCCGCCACGUUGGGUAAUUUCAAAGGUCAUGAUGUAGGACAACGCAGUGAAAACAUUGGAAACAAAAACACGCUCGAAGGCGUUCAGAAGUCGACAUCAUUGUCGAACGAUGACAAAGACAAAGACAAAAACAAGGCAGAAAACCAAACUGUAGCGGUCAACUUCCCGACCGAAGUGCCCCUAGCUGAAAAUGAUCUGAAAUUUACUAAUUCUGUAUGUUGUUGUCGUGAAGUCGUGUCACAACUCAAGCGUAUCGAAGGUGAUAUACAGCAACUUAAAAACCGAACUGAUUCUUAUGAAGGAAAAGAAAAUUCACGGCCAUGUAAAUUUAACACAUGUGAAAGCGAAAAGGCUAAUCUGAGAAACAACCUGGAAGAAGCAAACAACAUAAUAAAAGAUCUGAGAGCGAAAGUUGAAUAUUUAGAGCACGAGAAGGUCAAUCUCGCUACGGCCUUGGCUCUUCAACAAAAGGACUAUCAAGCUUGUUUGAAUAACUUAAACCAACCGAAUAACAUUACAGCUGAAAUGUCUAAUAAUUUCUAAACCGUGCAGAAAACUAAAAGCAGCGAUCGAAAGCAGCAAGCAGAUAUAAUUCCAUCAAGUUCCCACAUGCUCAAUAUAGAAAACCGGUUUCUAACCCUGAGCGAUACCUUGGAUAAUGAGUCACAAACAGAGUCUACUGUUCCGCACAAUCUUUCCAAGCGUUAUGAAACAAAGCCUGUAAACAACCAAGAAGAAUCUACGGGUGAGCAUCAAAACAAGCAACAAAAUCUUAAAACGCGUGAAAUCGGUUCGGAUAUCAUUGUUAUUGGCGACUCAAUAAUUAAAAAUAUUCAACCAAGGAAGCUCAGUAGGAAGAAGGUACAUAAGUACACAUUCCCAGGAAAAACCGCCGAAGAAAUCGAAAAGGAGAUCAAUUUCGAUAGUCUAAAAGCAAUCCCAUCUCACGUAAUUGUACAUGCUGGGACAAACAACCUGCCUCUAGAAUCUGCUUCCGAAUGUGCUCAGAAAAUUGAGAAGCUUGCUGCGAAAGUAAAGUCACAAUUUCCCUACUCGAAAAUUGGUCUAUCAGGCCUAACGGCGCGGCGAGAUAUUGCUAUGUCUGAAAAGAUUGAUGAGGUUAAUAAGGGCCUGUUCAUAUGAUCCCACUUACCGGGACGUCUCGCUUACCGAGACGAAUAUUUCCGUGCGUUCAUAUGGAGUAUUUCGUCCCGCUUGCCGAGAUGAAAUUACAUUGUAGUUCUAUAAUUAGCGUAUGCAAAACUUCUACAUUUCAGUCAAGCAACACAAAUACUUGGCGAUUUUAGUGUUUUUCUUCGUUUAUUUACAAGAAAAAGUAUUGCUUCAGGUGGUUAUUUAAUACUUGUUUACAAAACAAACAUAAAACCAAGUAAAAAGUGUUAAAUUAAACCGGCAAGACUUGUUUCACUUCAUCCCGGUAAGCGGGCUGGCGUGUUCAUAUGGAAAAAUUUUCAUCCCGCCUACCUAUGAUCUCGGCAAAUUCAAACGAGAUCUCGGCAAGCGGGCCAGCUCGCUUUCUCAUAUGAACACAAUGCAAAAUUUUAUAGGAAAAUAGAUAGGCGGCGAGAUCAUCGGUAAGCGAGACGUCCCGGUAAGCGGGAUCAUAUGAACAGGCCCUAAGGAGCUUCAGCAUAUUUGUAUGCAACUGGAUGUCUCGUUUAUUGACAAUACGACUAUAGAUGACACAUGCCUAAAUGGAAGUAAGCUUCAUCUAAAUGCGAAGGGCUCGGCUAUUCUAGCAGUCCAUUUUAUCAAAUUUCUCAAGGGGGGCAGUGCAUCAACCUCUCCAAGUAAACGAAGGCAAAACUACGAGGAUUUUCAGCGAUCGGCAAUUCUGAAACUUGGAGAACUGUUAAAGAUAAUUGUCCCUCCAGACAAGGGCACCCGCACCCGCAGAAGGAAAUAAUAUCGGACUCAAUGUAUCGGACAGUACUCUUCUCGGAGACAACGAACCAAAUAGGUAA